CCGGCUUUUUCCUGCGCACGUUCCGUCAUGGCGCAGGGGCAGCGCAAGUUCCAGGCGCAGAAGCCGGCCAAGAGCAAGGCGGCGGCGGCCUCGGAGCGCAGCCGGGGCCCGAGGAAGGGAGGUCGUGUUAUCGCUCCCAAGAAGGUGCGUGUUGUGCAACAGCGAAAGCUCAAGAAGGACCUGGAGGUCGGGAUCCGGAAGAAGAUUGAACAUGAUGUGGUGAUGAAAGCCAGCACCAGCCUGCCCAAGAAGCUGGCGCUGCUGAAAGCCCCCGCCAAGAAGAAGUAGGCAGCCUCUUCCUCCACCAAGACCCGUUCCUAAGGACGCAGCCCUGCCUCCAUGCUCAGACCUCUGCAGCGGACUCCGCAGGCAGCACCAUGGACAGAAGGAGCCUGCUCCCCAGAGCCUUGUGUUGCAGCUCGAACUUUGGAAUUGGGGGGGGAGGGGGGGAGCUGGCCUGUGAGCAGGUGACCAGCACGUCUGUAGUGCAUGGGUCAGUUUCCCAGGUGCCAGGAAUUCAGCAGUGGCCUUGAGGAAAUGUUCACCAACUUCUUGUACCGUCCUCCCUGGGUUUCUGUGUCCGCUGGUUUAAUUGGAGCAAUAAACCUGGCUUUGUCAUUCCUCUUGCAGUGACAGGCUCUGUGAGCAGGCCAGGGCCAGAGGCCAGGCGCACUGACCUGGUCAGCCUCGGCCAUGUCUUCAGGAGACCAACCACAUACUCAGGGAGGGGUGAUUGACCUUCUGCACGUCCAUCCUGGGAGCUUGUGGAGAAUCUUCCCUCCAACCCCAGGCGACUCACUUACCUCCUUACCUGCCUAGGUCACCCCUCUGCCUGGUACAAGCCAGGAGAUAUGGGAGCCAUUUUCCCAUCUGGAGGACAGGUGUUGAUUAAACCAGAAUGCACUUACGAACUGCUCACAGCCACCUCUAUCUAUUAAAAUAAAGUCAAAAUAUUUAGAAUGUC